GAGCUUUACGCACAAAAACGAUAUCUUGCUUGUUAUAGUCUCAAAUUUCUCAGAUAACUCAGUUUGCGUCAGAAGAAGUUUCAAGUGUAUUAUUAGACAAUCGUAAACAAUGAGGAAAGCUAUACAGUCCGAGAAAGUUUUUUCUCUUCUUCUUGAUACCAUCAGUUCAGGAAAGUACUGGCGCUGUAUCAGAUGGUCCGACCAAGGAACAAUUAUUUUGAUUACGAGUCCAAAGCUCUUUGAAAAAGAAGUGUUGCCAGGAGUAUUGAAAGAGUUGAGGUUGAAAGACUUCUUGAGUUUUGCAGACGUUCUUUACAGAAUUGGAUUUCAGAGAGUGUUCACUUCAAGGCCAUCGAAGGUUUACAAAUUCCACCAUCCACUUUUCCAGAAGAACAGCAACGGUAAUUGCGCCAGGGGAGAAAACGCGAAUAGUGUUGCGCACUAUGGUCUGCGACAAAAUCGGAAGCGAAAAAUGGUAGGCGAACUUCCACAUAAUUCUGACGGCAAAGAAAUUUCAACAAAGGAAAGUCAUUCAGAACUAUCGGAGCCAGAUCUUAAAAGACAGCGCAAAUCAGAGGAAAGUUGUCCUGGAGAAAGAGUGAAAGGUGUCGACAAAGAAAGCAAGAUUUUCAAGCAGGGUGUUAAGAAAAGUCUCGUUAAUCAGUGCACUGCAUUUACUGAGCAAAAGGGCAAGCAGCCAGUUACGAAUCAUAUGUACAGCCCUUCAGAAAUAAACGCUGCCCAUGGUCUCCUCAGUCUGGCGUCAACGACAGCUGUGCAAUUUGGAAACAACGUUUCCCAGAUGGGAAUUGAAGCCGCGAGAAGUUUAUAUGAUUUGUUCAGCUCUACUGUUUUCUUCAGGGAAAGAAAAAUCCGCGAAUUAGAUGCAGCUACAGCUCUGUUGGAACUCUCACAGAACACAGUGAAAAUCUUGCAGUGAAUUUGUAGCUGGACGUUAUAAUAUUAACAACUUAUAGCAUGGAAAUGCUUUUUUAUAUUU